GGGAGGGAGAGGCGGCGCCACCGCGUCCCCGCGUGCGGGCAGCGAGCCCUUCCCUCGGCCCGGGCCUCCCCCACCGCCUCCCCCUGCCCUGCGUGCGGGCAGGCGCCGGGGCCGCGCGGGGAGGGAGGGAGGCGGGGAGGGACACAGAGAGAGGCCGAGCCGGCUCUUCACCGCGGGCGGCGGCAGCAGCAGCAAAACUUCUGAAGGUUUGCAGAAGACAGUAGGAGAACCAGCGAGAAGGCUGUUGCAGUAUUGUCAGUUCCAGAAGUCUAAAACCAGGACUACUACUUCAGCUUCCUUGUUGCUGCCAGUGCCUGAGCCUUAUCCCAAUGCUGCUUGACUGGUGAAUGUGUGGAGAAAAUCAUUCUAAGCACAACUUUCUCCUUUGUUUUUGAGCACCUGCCACUAUUGUGAUACAGAGCAUUACCAACAGAAACGUUUCCUAUCGGAAAGCCGUUGUCAGAAAAGAAAAAUACCCUUCAGUUGGAAUUUAGUAUUGCCAAUAUGUAUCAUUCUGUGUCUGAAACCAGCCACCCUUUGCAAACAGAGGAACAAGAAAUAGGCAUUGAUCCCUUGCAAAGUUAUUUGAACAAGCUGGGGGAAGGAGGAUCAAAUAAAAAUGGAAGCGUACACCACACCUCAGACUCUGAUGGAACGUUUAUUUCUUACAGUAAAGAAUGGGAAGAACUAUUUGUAAACAACAAUUACUUGGCAACUAUACGGCUGAAGGGGAUUAAUGGGCAGCUGAGAAGCAGCAGGUUCCGUAGUGUUUGCUGGAAGUUAUUUCUGGAGGUUCUACCCCAAGACAGAAGUCGAUGGAUUAAAACCACUUCAGACUUAAGAACGUCUUACAAUAAAAUCAAAGAAAUUCACAUUACAAACCCUCGGAAAGCAGGACAACAAGAUCUGAUAAUCAACAACCCACUCUCUCAGGAUGAGGGGAGUCUUUGGAAUAAAUUUUUCCAGGAUAAAGAGCUUCGAGCAAUGAUUGAACAAGAUGUGACAAGAACCUUUCCUGAAAUGCAGUAUUUCCAGCAGGAGAAUGUGAGGAAAAUUCUUACAGAUGUUCUGUUCUGCUACGCCAGAGAAAAUGAGCAGUUGCUUUAUAAACAGGGUAUGCAUGAACUUUUAGCUCCCAUUGUCUUUAUCCUGCAUUGUGACCACCAAGCUUUUUCACAUGCCAGUGAAGCUGCACAACCAAGCGAGGAAAUGAAAGUUCUUUUGAAUCCUGAAUAUCUGGAACAUGAUGCCUAUGCUAUGUUCACGCGUCUUAUGAAAACUGCAGAACAUUGGUUUUCAACUUUUGAACAUGACAGUCAGAAGGAGAAAGAUGUGAUGAUUACACCUAUGCCGUUUGCAAGGCCACAAGACUUAGGCCCAUCUAUUGCUAUUGUAGCGAAGGUAAACCAAAUUCAAGAUCAUCUGCUGAAGAAACAUGACAUUGAGCUAUACAUGCAUCUGAACCGACUGGAAAUUGCUCCACAGAUUUAUGGACUGAGAUGGGUAAGGCUCCUGUUUGGACGUGAAUUCCCACUUCAGGACCUUCUGGUUGUCUGGGAUGCUCUAUUCGCCGACAGUAUCACUCUGAAUUUAGUUGACUACAUUUUUGUAGCCAUGUUGUUAUAUAUUAGAGAUGCCUUGAUUUCAAGUAAUUAUCAGACCUGUUUGGGACUUCUGAUGCAUUAUCCACCUAUUGGAGAUGUUCACUCCCUUAUCCUAAGAGCACUUUUUCUCCGAGAUCCAAAGAGAAAUCCAAGACCAGUGACUCACCAAUUCCAACAAAAUUUAGAUUAUUACAAAGCACGUGGAGCAGACCUGAUGAACAAAACCCGUGCCAGCGCUAAGGCUGCUCCAUUGAACAUUAACAAAGUCUCCAACAGCUUACUGAAUUUUGGCCGAAAGCUCAUUGCUCCAGCUAUGGCUUCAGGUGGGGCUGUGGGCGCUCCUGCCGGCGGGAGCAGCUUUCCUCCCGCUGCGAUGCCCAUCAGAAGCGCAGUGGAGUCUCCCCAGCACCACCAGCACCAGUCCCACCAUCAGGCACAGCAGCAGAGGAUGAUGAAGUCUGAAAGCAUGCCAGUUCAGCUGGGCAAAGGGGAGGCAGCAUCGGGCGGCGAGGCUGCACUCCCGGUCCCUGCGCAGUUGCCCGCUGCCCUCCCAGGCCAAAGUUCAAAAAAUAUCAGCUCAUCCCCAAGCAUAGAGAGCUUGCCUGGAGGACGUGAAUUUACAGGAUCUCCACCUUUGUCUGCAUCAAAAAAGGAUUCCUUUUUCAGUACAAUCUCCCGUUCCCGUUCCCAAAGCAAAACCAUGAGUAGAAAAGAAUCGAAAAGCUACAGACACUUCAUGCAUUACAAUAUACAGGAGGAAGAAUUGGAGGCCCAGAUUUCAUUCCUACAAGGACAGCUAAAUGACUUGGAAGCCAUGUGCAAAUAUUGUGCAAAGAUGAUGAAUACGCAUCUUGGAAAUAUCCAGGAAGUCAUAUUACAAGAACACUUGGAAAAAGAAGAUGAAAUUCUGGUUUCCUUGGCUGGUUUGAAGCAGAUCAAGGACAUCCUGAAAGGUUCCCUGCGUUUCAACCAGAGCCAGCUGGAAGCUGAAGAAAAUGAGCAAAUCACGAUAGCCGAUGAUCAUUACUGUUCCAACAGUCAGAACAAAGGGACAGUUGAUGUCCUAAAGGGACCUGUUAUGACAAAGUCACAGUUCAUCUCAGGACAACAGACUACGAAUGAUUCGAGCACUAGUGAGAGCAAGAGUGCUGAUGACUAUAUUAUGGUUUCCAAAGAGGAGGAAGGAAGUAGAAGUGCUGUCCCGGAGCCGGCGCAGUCCCUUCAGGCAAACAAGGAGGUAGCGGUGAAGCCAGAAGCUCCAUCUCGUUCUUCUUUGGUAUUCUCUGACCCACUGAUGGGCUCCAUUUCAGCCUCCUCCAGCAACCUGAGCUCCAGCCCUGAUGACAACAGUAGUAAUAACAGCAAAGAUUCUGACUUUGCUAUUGUCAGCCCACUGGACAUCUAAAGAAACAGGCUGGGAAAGUUUGGGAGGUUGAUCAUUACAACUCAGCUCAGAUUCCUGUGGUUCCACGGGCUGGAUAGUUCUUUGCAUUAGAAGGACAGAAAAUAGAUAAAGGUAACCAAUUUCAGCUGCCAAAAGCAGAAAUUUUAAAAAUAUAAAUAAAUAAACCCACAGCCCGCAAACUGUAACUUUUCAAAAAGAAUAGACAACUUUUAAUAAUUGCCUUAAGUAAAGAUCCAGUAAAACCCAGUUCUAAUAUACAGUUAUUCUUAGUUGUAGAGUUAUCUUACUUAGGAGCUUUGUUACUAUAGAACUGUUGCUUUCCCCAGAACAUAGGAUAGUAUGUGCUAGAUACCAUAAUGGAUUAGGAAGCGUGUAGAUACUUGGCAUUAAACCUGGAAUAGCAAAGACAAGCUAGACUUAAUAUCAGCUUUUUACUAAAUAUGCUUGACUGGGUUUUAUGAGUAGGAAAGGGUACUUUUUCUUCAGAGAUUGUGAUUAGAGAAGUAGGGAAUGUAUAACAGAAAGAUUAAAAGCAUUGUCCUGGCAGUAAGCUUGUUCUCAGUUGAGGAAUGCUAGUCUCUUCAUUUUCAUCUGGCAGUAGCCUGAGGUGUAUUCCAGGCAGAGGUGUAUGUAGUUGUUCCUCGGCACUGUCUUACAGGGAAAAUGUGUGACAAACACCUUGUGAAUGGGGACAUAUGCAACAGAGCCUUAUUUCCCUUUGCCUACUUUUUUUCCUCUUGAGAGUUCUUGGUUCACCUCUUUCCCUCUUUAUAUCUGUCUGCUUUUACUCCCUCUGGCAUGCAUUAUUUUUUUUAUUUUACAGAGACAACCAUGGUUUAAGCAGUAGGUACAAGGGAAAUUACAGUAUUUCAUAGUGUAGACCUGAGCCAGUUGAACUAAAAGUAGCUAGAGUAUGAUAACUUACCAGGGAAGGUUGCAAAGUGAAAUGAAAUGUUCAUAAUUAAAAGCACUUUAUGCCUCAUCACUAUUAUCUUCUAUAGACUCUGUUUACAUAUAUUCCUAUACGAUUUCCACAUUUCUAGUCAAGAAAAACAUAAUGGUGCAGCAGCGUUAACCAACAGAAACUUUGUAAUUAACUCUAAAACUUGUUCUUCUAUGGAAAAGUGUAUUUCUUUCCCACUAAGUACAUAGCACAUCUAAUAACAGGUUUUUUUCAAGUAGUACUCUCUGAUCCCCUUAAACUCUGCUAAAAUUCAGAAAAAGAACCUGGUGGUCAGUGGACACCUGCUCUUCCAGGACCUACACAGAACUAGCUUGAGGAAGGAAUGCUAGAAAGUCAUGCUAUUUGUAACACCAAAUCAAAUUGCAUUAUUUACUUUUAAGUUACAUAUACAUUAUACCAUGCAAACUCUUUGUAAUUGCAUGGCAGAGCUUGUGUUUGUAGUUAUUUGCUGCUUAGUCUGUAAUUGUAAAUGGAGUUAAGUACCAUAUUCCAAAGAUGAGGUGACAUGUGGUUUGCUGGUUGUAGAUUUUACAAGGUCUGUGUCAGUGACUGCAAUUAAGAGAUAAUAGUCAUGUAAUUAUAUGGUAACUGAGGUAUCCUUACACACUCAAAAGCCUCUGUGUAGCUCCCUUGAGAUUAUUUGUGCCUUGGAAAAUGAUAAAAUGCUAGAAUAUUAUGAGCAGGCAUAGCAUCAUACAUCUCUGUGACAGAGCGAUAUGAACAGUCAGAUGACUGUUUAGAUGAAAGAUCUUAAAUGCAUAACAUUUCAGAGAGUGUUUAUUUUUGUUUAAUUUUAAGCUUCAUAGAAAAUCACUUCGGAAUUCAGCAUGCGUGCCUGUCUUCAGGUUUAUUUUAUUUCCCUGACUUUGCAUGAAUGCCAGGGGAUUAGGUGGCUGUUGAUUUAUUUAGGUCUUUCAAGCUUUUCUAGCCUUAACCCGUUCAGCAAGGCUUGUGCCACACCACCAACAAAGGGGAAUCUGUUCAAGAAAUACCUUUGGUAAGAGGAAAGAAAUAUUCUGGGAACAGAGAGGAAAGUUUUAUAUUCUGUGAUAUAUAAGCCUUCAAAGAUUCCAGUACUUUGGCAGGGGAAAAUAUUUUUACUUCUUGUUUGAUUUUUUUUUUUAAGCAUCAGUCUUUUGAUUUCUGUUCUGGUUAUUUGUUUCAGGGAUCACAUGACUAUUUUCUUGAACAGUCUCAUUGCCAAUGGAAGACCAUGAUUUGUACAGUUCUUUUAUUCUUGUAAAUUAGUUGUGGCUUUAAUAUUGCAUAUUUUAAAACAGUGCUAGAAGUGUAUGAAGAUUUUGGGAGUUUCUAACAAGUUUUCACUAAUCAUGAAUACUGAUUAGGUGAAUGCCUGUCAUGCCGUGGGAUAUGAUAAAAAUCUUCAGAAAGAGAGACAUGAUUAUACAAAUAAGAUCAAAGCAAAUUCCAGAAAAUGAAUCUGCUUUUGGUUAUAUUCAUCCCAAAUAUGUUGUCUCUGAUGCUUGAUCAUAGUGCAGGGAUAUUUAGUUUUAUGUAUUCAUUAAGUCAGAAACUUGUAAGUUAGACAAAAUGUUAUCGCCCUGUCUUGCAUUAUUUUAAGAAUAUACUGAGAAAGAAAUUGUCAUUUAAAGUAUAAGAUUUUUUUUUUCUCCAAAGAUGACCUGCUCAUAAUGUUCAUGGAUAAAAAUAAUCAAAUAGAAAAAUUAUAUGGAUUGCAAAUUACUGAUUAAUAUGAAAUUAAGAUAUGUGUCUGAGACUGUUGUACUGUAUCUGAUAUCUGUAAUUUCUGACUGUUUCAAGUCUCUUGCAUGUCAUUUCAGUUGUAUGUACUGCAGAAAUGCAGUAUCAUAUUUUGACUGGGUAUUCAUUUAGUCGUGGACCUUUGUAUCUUUACUCUGGAAGAACAUCUAGCCCACUUUAUUAAAGAAAGAAUUAACAAAUUUUCUGGGCUGUGCUUGUGGUGUUUUUUCAAAAAAGGAGGGAAAGCUUUUUUACUAGAAUACUGGAAGUAUAAUUUCUGAGAACAAGUAUGAUUAAAAACUUCAAAACUAUCUCAUUACCUGUACAAGCACAAAGUUUAUUAAUAAUUUUAAUCAGAUUUUUUUUAUAUAUAUAUAUAUAUAUAUGAUGCAGGGAAUAAAACUGCUUGUCAUUUAUCUUACCCAAACAAUAUAGAACAUUUCCUAUUUUACCAUCUUUAUGAUAUAUGAAAAUAGCGAACCAGAGUUUAACAUGGUGUAACUUUUCUGCAAUGUCAUGAAACAUAGUAGAGUUAGAUCGCUGUCUCUCAGUCCCAGUAUCUGUACAGUAAUUUUCUGAACCUCAAUACUGUAUUUCACGUUCUUAAGCAUUUUCUGUGAUUCUCCAAUACGUUCUUCUCAUUGGAUGGCACUAAGGCAGCUAUGUAAAAGACUGAAUUUCAGAUUUAAGGUGUACUUGUGCCUGGCAUUUACAAUGUCAUCUGUUCAAAUACAGACGCAGCAAUCCUACCAUGAACAGCUUUCUGAGUUCUGGACAUCAGCCCUUAAAUAAAACUUCUGAUUUUGUGCUGCAUGUGUUGGUCUUGAGUCAAUGUCUGUAAUGGUUUAUUACACUUGAAAAAGUGCAAUUUCGUAAAAUAAACUUCAUUUGGC